AUUGUCACGGUUAAAGGGGCUGAAGAGAGACAGUGAUCGCUCAGGUAAUGUGAGAGCCGCAGACUUUCUCCUCCUCGUUAUUUCCGGGCAUUCCGAUUAGUCUCGUUUGAAUAUGGUUUAAUUCAGACUUGCUUGGGAGCCUCUUCCCCCCACCCCUGCGCCCGUCUUGCCUUUUUAACGUUUUUCUAGCCGCUCUUAAUAAUAAUAGUAAUAAUAAUAACAACAACAAAUAAAAUCCGAUCCAGGCUGCAGAAGACGGUGGGAUAACUUCGAAUAAAGCAAAAUCAUUUUCCCACCGAAAGAGAGAAUGAUUAAACCGUGGCCAUAAAUAUCCUCGAUGCUCCUGCUUGCGGUCUGGGCUAAGAGCUUUUGAAGCAGCGGGGGGGGGGGCGCGGGGGCGCGAAGCCCAGGAGCAUAAUUUUGCAGAGAGAAAGUCCAUUGAGACUGCAGUGCUGCUAUACAUGUCUGCUCAGCAACUGAGGCCUUUGAGUUCAAUGGAACUUGCUCUCAGGUAAGUGUGGCUCUAGGAUCGCACCCUGAAUAGAUCUGCUGUCAGGUUAAUUACGAGGCUUGAAAUGUGGCAAGGCGGAUGUAAGGUUUCUCCUGACUCGUGCAGAAUUUGCCUGGCCCUGCUUCAGAAACAGUUUGUGGACAACAGGGCUUUGGGGGAGGGGGUGGAGGAAGAGAAGCCUCUAGCGAAUGUUUCAAAUAACCACCACACUGUAUUUCUAAAUCAUAUUUGUUUUCAGUAUGUUUGAAUACCUGGAGCCAAAAGCAAAAUUAUGCAACUCAAAUACAAUUUAAAAAAUAAAUAAAUUAAGAGGGUUGACGAAGUAAUCCACCCAUUUUUAUUUUAUCAAAAUGGUGGUGUUUGCCAUACAUUCUCUUUACUCUGUCUCCAAAUUGUGCCAAACACUUUGUACUUUGAAGGGGGGGGGGAAGCAUGCUUAAGAGUUGCAAUCCACUUAAUCCUGAGAGUAUGUCCCAUUAAGAUCAAUAGGGCUUACUUCUGAGUAGGCAUGUGGAGGAUUGCACUGCCAAAGAAGUGAAAUUUGCUUUAAAGGCUGUUGUUGUUGUUGUUGUUAUCUUGGCCUCAUUGCUUGCCUCUAAUUACUUCCUUUGAAUGGGCUUAAACACCCCCCCCCCUUUGUUUCCAAAGGAUAGAACAGUAUAUGUUGAGGUAGAAAGGCUGCCUUUCAAUACAGCUUGCAGCCCAUCUAGGUGUGUUAUUCAUGUGAUAAACUGUGUUAAAGGUUGUGCUAGUAAACAGAUGUUUUUUGACAGCAUUGGAGAUUUCUGUCUAAAAAGAGCCAUUGCAAGAGUGGCAGGAGCAGGAGGAGCUGGUGGCCUUGCACCCCUCUCAAAUGCAGUUGCCCUCUUUUUGUUGCCUCAGAAAGCAAUUCUACACAACACCAGGCAGAGGCCUUCAAUUCCAAGAAAUCUUUGGAUCUCUUCCCCAACCCUUCCCCCAAUCCCACAAGUACAGUACAGACACCCAGUAGUAGCUUUAACCCUUUUUGUUCAAAUUGCUGUGUUUACUUAUCAACCUUCCUUUUUUUCUUUUCUUUUUUAACUUCCUUGUUGUUUUUGCCAAAGCAGGCCCUGAGAGCGGCCUGGUCUUUUGCCCAUUCUAUUUUUAUUCCACUGAUUGUGACCAAAAGCAAGACUGCUGCUGAAUCAUGAUCCUGGUUUUCUUACGGAGCAUGUUUUUUAAAAGCAUUUUAUUUGACGAUGUGAUGGGAGGCGGGUGGAUACUUAAGUUCCCUGGUCUUGAACAUGUUAUACUUGGAAGUCUAAUCCCCCUCCCCGCCCACAUAAAUUUGUGUUGCUUACUUACCUAUGUGGAUCAAGGUGCCAGGCAGAUUGAACAGAUGCAUUAGAAUACUAAACUAUCCUCCCUUUUAAAUUAGCAAUUCAAAGCCUAUGAUUGUAUGCACACUUACUACUAGGGAGUAAAUCCUAUUAGUGGGGCUUACUUUUAAGUGAAUAUGCACAAUACUGGCUGCAUGUAGCAACCUUGCAAGUUAGGAUUUUGUAGCUACACUGCCCAUUCAGAGUGCCAUCUGUUGCGCCUAGACAAAGUAGUGGGUGGACUGUAAUCUGGUUUUGGGCCGCUGUCCUUAACACCAAAGAGGGAGUAAGUCUGUUGAACACCCUGAGACUUGCUUCUGAGUAAGCAUGCAUAGGAUUGCACCACUGGGGGAAAAAAAUAUUCUUGUAAAUGUAACCCUGUGCAUGUUUACUCAGAAGUCAACCCCACUGUAUUCAGUUGUGUUUAUUCACAGGUGAGUACAUAUAGGGUUAAGGGUGCUUGGCUGAAAGCAAGCAGCACCUUACUUCUGAGUAAAUGUACACUGUUAAUAAGACAGAGAGCUAUGUGGAAUCUGUGUCGCAAAGAAGAAAGCAGGUCAUAAAUCUGUAUUUCCAAAUGCAGGCGGGUUGAGCUAAAGUCAUGCAUCCUGUUUUGGGAUGACUUUAUGCCUUUUGGGAACAGCUCAUACUUCAUAUGAAAUAUCUUGCAUUGCAGCUGGCAUUGGAAAUUUCCCAUGUAAGUUGGAGAAGAUGACCUCUUGUCAUCACACUCUGUCCACCCUCAAACUCUAUAAAAAGGAAAAAAAGGAGCUCAGAGGCUGGCCUGCCCACCAAAUGCAAACUCACAGCUUUUUCUACCGUCUGUUUUAAGCCAACAAAUCCGAGGACUUUGAAUUGUGCUAGUGGGAAAUGUUUCUGUCCAUGUAGGCGGAAAGUUUGGGGAUUUGGUUACACAAGUCCUUUGUCCCAUGACAUUUUGCCCAAAGCACCAUUGAAAUGUACAGCUUCACCUGGAGUAAAUGGUAAGGGCUGUAUUCUCGACCUCACUUACCUGGGAAUCAGCCCCUUGCAAUUCAAUAGGACAUACCUCUGAGUAGACAGGGUUAGGAUUCGGCCCCACUGAACUCAAUGUGACUCAUUCCUGAGCAUGCCUGGCUACUUCCCAGCUUUGAAAGGGCGAAAGUGGUGUUAAUGUAUUUAUCAACUUUAAAGGCAACUCGAACACACGGGCCCCCAGGUGUUGAAGUAGUCAGAACCUUUGUCUCCUCUGCAAACCAAAAAAAAGGUUGCCCUUGCCUAACCCAGGUAUCUAAAGGGAAAUAAGAAAUAAUUCACUUUAACUGUGAGCUUGUUCGGAAACCUACUGGACACAGAGAGGCGUGUGUUGCAGUGUCACCCACUCCAGGUAAAUAUCUAGCUUGGGGGAGGAAAUCUCAUGUUUUCAGCCACUGUUAUCUGUUGGGGUGGGGAAUGCAUGGAGGUUAAUCUGCUUUUCCUGCUCGCUCGUUUGAAAACGUUGCAGUAUAGAGACGGGAGCUGUUUUAGCUCUGGACGGUCACUUGACCCUCCACGUUACCGGUCUUGCGCGUGGUGCUUGUGAGCACAAGUGUGGGGGCAGAGGGCAGUCCUCCUUUCAAGGGUCACCCCGUUUAAAGUGGGGCGGGGAGGCAGAGGGGGCGGGACACAAAAGCACCCCCUUGUUCUAUAAUCAGCACCUUAAUGUAGCCAAUUGUUUCAGGAUUCCGUCGUGGAACGUUCCCGGGAGGGAAGCAUUGUGACGUCAGCGCACCUACUAAUCCUCCCUGCUGAGGGGGAGCCUGGAGCCAUGAGGUCAUCGCAGCGGCCACUGUAGCAGCGCCAGCAGCAGCUUCAGAGGCCGGCGGGGUUGGGGGGGAGGGGAGCCGGCCCGAGCAAGGCCGCCUGGGAUCCCGCAGCCGCACUCCAGUUGCAACCCGAGGCUGCCGCCGCCGCCGCCGAGUUCCUCCGCAAAAGCAUGGAGGAGGCCGACGCGAAGGAGCUGCAGGUCGGCUCCUGGCUACCCGUGCUGGUGGAGCAAAUGGUCAACGACACCCUGGUGGUCACCUUGAGCUGCGGGGAGAGGCGCUUCACGGGGAUCCUCCUGGAUUGCACUAAAAAGUAGGCACGCGAAUUGCUUUAUUCUCCCAUUUCCUCCCCCCUCGCCCCCUCCCCGCCACCGCCACUGCACGCGCAAAACUUCCAAAAACGCGGGGGAGGGGAGCGGGGAUUGCAACGGAGAACUUUGCCUUCCCCGCCGGGGCCUGCUGCAGGGCGAGGGCAGAGCAGCUGGGCAGGAGGAGGGAUUAGGCCAUAAUCUGAUUAAAGAGUUAAAGUUGCAUGGCACGUUGCAGUGGGGGAGGGGAGGAAAGUGCAGAGAGAGGGGGUGGGGCGGGGAGGUUGGCUUUUCUUGCCCCUUCUGAGCAGCAGGUUCUGGUUUCAUUUUCUGUUCGAAAUUCCUCGUGGAAGAAAUAUUUUCUCCUCUCUGAAAGCCAGUUUUCAGAUUGGUGCAAAAGGCUUUCGGGUCCUCUGAAAAGGUUUCUGCAGUGAGCCAUAAUUUCUGUGGGUGCAUGUUCUUUUUGAAAAUGUACAUCAUGUAGUGGAGAAGCAUUGCCUUCACCUUUCAAACCAGCAAACUUCUGUGUUUCCUAUGUUGGAGGGAGGGGGGGUUGCCUCCAAAUGUUGCAACUUUGCUAAAAGUUUUUUCCUCCUUUCCCCCCCUGAUAAAGCCCCACUUUGUGCUGCCUAUGGGUGGCUGCUGGUGCAGCAACAUGAUAACCUCAUGAUGUCACAUGUUGCCAUAAUUACAGACUUCUUUGUUCAAAAAUAUUGCACACUUCAGAAAGCCUUUAUCUUGAGUUGAAACAGCCUCAGCUUGUCAUUUUUCUUUCUUUCUGAAUUUAGCAAAAGUACCGACAUUGGAGAGAGUGUGUGUGUAGGAAGGAAACCUCAUAGGUACAUAAUAUAAAGGGGAGCAGCAAAGCCCUCCCUCCCCCUUCCCAAUCUAGGGUUUAUGUUUGGUGAAAUCCCUGCAAAUGAACAAAGGUUGGUGCUUUGUGUUUGUAGUAGAGAAUAAUGUUAUCCACAUGUAGUAUGUAUAAAAUUGCCUGCUUUGCAGGAUUAUCAAAAAUGAAAGAAUUUCAUGUGCAUAAUAAAUAAAGCUCCUAAUGGUUUGUUAAAGUCCACAUAUAAGGUCCUCUAAUAAAGGAGUCUUGUCUUGACCAAACCAAAGCUGGAAAAGCAACCGAUGAUAGAAAAUUGAGCUUAACCAUGUUAUUGAAACACUCCUUUCUAAAUAACCUGAAAUGGCACUGAUUCUCUCUCCCUUGUGCACACAUUCUUUUGUCCUAAAAUAGCCAAAACCUCUUUGGAAUACACCCACUACCCCAAACUGCAAAUCGAGAGUCUCUACAGCAGGGAUCACAGGGCACUCCUCAAAUAUGGGCCAUUCUGUUUUCUGAUGAGAAAUUGUAAAUAAACACCUGCCACUUCUGGAGGCCCCAAAUUCAUUUUCUGUAAUAAGGACUUGAUCUUGGUGACAGCUUCGCAGUUCCCCCACCCACAGGCAGUGUGCAGCCAUUAGCCUUUGACAAUUAUCCUGCAGGCGUUAUCUCAUAAUUAGAUAUGCCAGCAGCCAUUAAUAGAAAUGGCAUGUGAUUUUAACAUACGGCUUCAUGUGCAUUCCACCCCACCCCCGCAGUGAAUAUUUUUCAUUAUUUUCAGCAUGUAAACAUGCACUCCAUGACCAAACAAUGUAAAAUUUGCUUCAUCGGGAGACACUAUAUUCAGUCUAAUGGUGGGUUUCUGUGGCUCUUCUCCCCACUCCCCCACCUUUCUCAUUGUCCAGGUAGCUAAGUUACUGCUUCUGAUAUUGUCAAACUAGCCACAGAAAUGCUUGCAUUAUGUGUCCAGCCAUUGCUGCAGCUGUAUUGAUUUCUUCCUGGCACCUGAGACUCUGAAGCAAAUUAACAUGGGCCACAGUGCACUGGGAUUUUUUUUGCGUGCAAUCCCUCUUGGAACACAUUGGAAGGCAGGGGCUCUCUCACCAAAGCCCCUUGAGUUUCCACCAGACAACCAAAUGAGCAGUUUUCAUGUUUGUUUGUACAUUGUGUUGCUUCUCUGCCAUUCUGCCUCCUCCUCUAUAUAGGCAGUUCCAGCCCUUUGAAUGUUGGUUUCUGAGAUUCACUCUUUUUCUCUCCUGGCUGUUGCAUUAUUUCACGUUACACCACCUCCCUUUUUCAAAAACUUUUUUUUUUUUAGCACAAAGCACACUACUGUAACCCACUCAGUUUAAGCUUGCUAUUUAACUUGGUGCAGAAUUAAGGCUAAAUAGUUUGAUAGCAUUGCAUCCCCUGUACCCGGGGCCUGUGGGCUCUUGAUUGCCCUCCAGCCCUUCUUCUGGCUCAUGGGACUUUCCCAAGGCCACACCCCUUAACUCGUUCUGCUUUGCACCCUCCUUGAGUGUUCUUGCCUAGCUGGGAUGUGUCCUUGUGCUGUGAUCAUGCUACUUGCUUGGAUGGUUGGAGGUCAGAGACGGAUGUCCGUUUGUAGAAACCAGCUUAAUGUACAAAGCUAAUACAGUGGUACCUCGAGUUACAAAUGCCUCAUGUUGCAAACGCUUCAGGUUACAAACUCCGCUAACCUGGAAGAGUUACCUCAAGUUGAGAACUUUGCUCCAGGAUGAGAACGGAAAUCAUGUGCAGGUGGUGCAGCAGCAGCGAGAGGCCUCAUUAGCGAAAGCACGUCUCUAGUUAAGAACAGUUUCAGGUUAAGAAACGACCUCCGGAACUAAUUAAGUUUGUAUCUAGAGGUACCACUGUAUUCAUGUUCACUGCUCUGCCUUUGGCCCUGCACACCAGUGGCAUGUGCCCCUCCUGCACAGAAUUUGGCCCUCAGACUGAAUAACAUUCCCUAAAAAGGUAAAGGGACCCCUGACUGUUAGGGCCAGUCACGGACGACUCUGGGGUUGCGGCACUCAUCUUGUUUUAUUGGCUGAGGGAGCCGGCGUACAGCUUCCUGGUCAUGUGGCCAGCAUGACUAAGCCACUUCUGGCAAACCAGAGCAGCGCACGGAAACGCCGUUUACCUUCCUGCUGGAGCGGUGCCUAUUUAUCUACUUGCACUGCGUGCUUUCGAACUGCUAAGUUGGCAGGAGCAGGGACCGAGCAACGGGAGCUCACCCCGUUGCGGGGAUUCCAACCCACAGCGCCACCCACAUCCCAACAUUCCCUAUCCUUGUGCUAAAGGCUACAUUCAACCCAUAUUUUAUGGGCUUCAUAUACUUAUAUGUAUAUGAAAUGGCAAUAAAUCAAAGCCUGGCUAUUGGUGUAUGUACCUGGUGCAGUGUACUGUUGUCUGACUUGCCACACUUCUCAAGCCAGGUGCCUUUGUUAUAAUCUUUUCAGUCUUUUUAACUCCUCCGUGUUGCAUCUGCUUGCUUGCUUGAGCUUAUUCGAUAUAAAUAAAUGUCUUCCCCAAAAUAACAGGGCAAGAUCGAGGGGUCUCUGUAAUUUUCUUGCCUUGGCUAGAUGACAGUUUUCCCUUAGCAGACUUUCCUGGGUAAAGGCAAUGUAAACCAGCCGUUUUGGGUUGCUUUUUAAUGCAAGGCUUAAAUAGCUUAUCUAUUGUUUUCUUUUCCAAACCUCCCAGGCAGUUCAAAAGCUUGGUGCCUAUCCAUUUGGAGCACAGUUCCUGGCCCCAUCCCCCACCCUCUUCCUUGUCCUCCUUUUCCUCCUCCUGGUUUGUUUAACCUCUUUCUACUCUUUCUUUUCAAUAGGACUAAGAUACUUCAUAUUCAGCUUGAUAUACUUCUUUCCAGCUAUCUAAAAUGCUUCCAGAAUUGCCUUGCCAUCUGUUGCAGGUUGAUUUAUUUGACCGGUUUAACAUAAUUGCCCUUUUCAUACACUCCCUGGUCAAACCAAGAGCUUUAAAGUUGUUACCUGAAAGAUUUCUUUGAAGGGGCAUCCUGGAGAAGAGCGUAAGAUAUUGACAGUGCAGUCCUCCUACCCAUGUCCACUCAGAAGUAAGCCCCAUGGAGUUCAGUAGGCAUUACUCCCAAGUAAAUGUGCAUAGGAGUGCAGAAUGGCUGAGUAAGGAAAGAACCCAAAAUAAGUAAAAGCCGCAGUAUCUUGCUAGACUAGAGAGCAAAAAGGAUAGGUGAGAGACGAAGGAAAAGAAUUGCAUGUGGAAAUCAAUGCGAUUGGAAACGGUAAGAGUAGCCAAAGCUGUGUAAAAGAUGUAACAAGAUACUAGAAGAAUUAAACGCCCAAGGAAGGAUGCACAAAUAUGACUUUAAAGAACAGAUCUGGGAGAGGGAAGGAAGCCCUCGUCUCUGCACAGAGAAGGUAUGGCCUGAAUGCUGCUUCAUGAGGGUUGGGAAAGAGAAGAGCGGCUUCUCUUUGCAAAUGACUGAUGUGCGCUGGAGUUUCUAAUUUGCACUUAUCAAGAGGUUGAAAUCGAAAGGGGGAGGGGAGGGGACCUCAGAAAGCAGCUCGACUUCCAGCUCAACCAUUUGACUUCCUGAUUUAUUGUGGCAGACAAAUCUGCAUGUCCUUUUGCUGUUUUCCUACAUUGUUAGAUUCAGUAUCUGAAUGUUUUACAGUAAUUUUUUAAAGAAAUGAAACUCUGCUUAUAUUGCAGCUAAGUAUCCACAAAUGAUGGGGUUGGCUUACCACUUUGUUAUUGUUCUGAGGUCCCCCAUCCCUCUCUUGGCACAUAGAGAAAACAAAGGGGGGGGUGUCUCUCAUUUGUGCUGCUGAGGAAGGUAAGAAAGGAGAGGUUUCUCCUGUGUGGAAGAGACUCCUGGCGUUUCUUAUAUUCUCCAAGCAGCACAGCAAAUGGAAUCUCUGUGGAGGAUAUCUGUGUGCUGCUCUCUGUCCUGCUCAACAGAAAGCUGGGGACGCAUCCCCUGGCAAGCUGUUGAAUGGAUUUGCAGUCGCUUGAACAUUGGUUGUCCACACAGAGGCAUGUUGAGCCCGUUUUACAAUGCACCCAGCUGCUUUGCCCUUCACCCACCUGCAACAGUAAAUAUUCUGCCUAUGGGGUUAAAUUUUGGAUAAAAGUAGGUGUGCUGCCCAUCCCUUUCUUUAGCCUUGUUUUGACAAGUAUUUGCUUUGGGCAGGAAUAAUAUGAUAACAGGGAGGGCUUUUUUCUGGUUCCCAAUUGUUUAUUUAUUUAUUUUUCUAAAAAAAGGUUCUGCAAUUUUUUGACCAACUACUAAGUUACAAUUUUUUGUUGCUCUCCAUCUCUAUGAAACCACAGAUUGUAAAUACUUCUGCCUCCCCUCCCCUUCCCUCCUGCCAUCUACAGUGGUACCUCGGAAGUUGAACAGAAUCCGUUCCGGAAGUCCGUUCAGCUUCCAAAACAUUCGGAAAUAAAGGCUUCCAAAGAACGUUCGCAAACCAGAACACUCACUUCUGGGUUUGCGGCGUUCAAGAACCAAAAUGGAUGAGUACCAAGGCGUUCGACCAUCAAGGUAUGACUGUAUCUAUCUAUUGAUCGAUUGAUCUAUCCAGUUUGUUUACUUCAUUUUGCAUCUCAGCAAGUAAGUAUUGUGAAUAAACUUGCAGACUGAUCCUGUGUGCCUUUUCUUGGAAGGAAGUAUUACUGGGUUCUGUAGGACGUACUGUCCUAGUCAGUUUGCAUAAGACUGUAGCUUUAUUGGGGCGCUAUCAGUGUUUUGUGAAAUGUAGCAACUUAGGUUGCAGAGAACCGAGUGAGGUGGAGUGAGAAUGGGGAGGAGGGUAGCAACAGGACAGAUGAGACAUGGAUAACAUACUAUAGUAGGAGAAAAAGCCCUGAGGGUUUGGAAUGGCAGAAAGGGAUUCUGCCAGUUGAAAGGGAUUCUUGGGAGCAGGUACUCAAGAGUUGAAUGGAGCUGUUUAGAAGCUGAUGAAGGUACAUCUUCCUAACUCACUCACCUCUGCUCCAAUGAAGUUGUUGCAAAGAUGAAAUAAAUCUCAUUGCUCCUUCCAGGCUGUAUUUAAGGAUGCAAAUGUGGUAAAUAGGUUUAUACGGCACACAAGUAUAGAUGCUGUGCAUAUGAAUCUACCAGUUGCUAGAAGGCUCCAUCCUAGAGUUGGAGGGAGCCUUGUAGGCCUCCUGCUCCGUCUCCCCAUGUUCAGUGCAAGAAAUUCAGGAUCCAGCCCUCCGUCCGUUCAGCCUCUGGUUGAAGGCCUUGCGUGAUGGGGAAAACUCACCAGUCCUCAAAGUAACUGGUUCCACUGGCAAGCUGCUCUUCUCUUAAAUGCCAAAAAUCUACCCCCUGUUUAACAUAAGCCCAGUACAACAUCUCUGUAAUGCAAGCAUUGCAAGUGUACAUAUUAACACAGGGACUGAUGUGCCCCAAACCCAACACAUUCUGCUCGCUUUGGUGAUCUCCAGGGUGUGAGCAUAUUGGCCCAGAAAGGCAACUGGGUAUUUCCAAUAUGUAGAGACCCUGAUGUUUGGAAAGAUGGAGGGCACAAGGAGAAAGGGAUAACAGAGGACGAGAUGGUUGGAUAGUGUUCUCAAAGCUACCAGCAUGAGUUUGACUAAACUGUGGGAGGCAUGAAAGACCGAAGUGCUUGGCGUGCUCUGGUCCAUGGGGUCACGAAGAAUCGGACACGACUAAACGACUAAACAACAACAACAGCCUUCUGUGCUGUUUCAGCAGAUACUUCCAUCAUUGAAGAACUGUGUUGGGAGAAGAUCGGCAGGUGGUCUUAAGGGCUUUCAAGGUUUCAUCCCUCUCUGUUAGCGUGUGAUGGCCUGGGAAUCUGAUUCGGAAGCCGAAUUGGAGGAACUCCAGCCUGCACAAGAGUCCCUGCCUCCAGGGCCAGCUGAGCUGGGGCAGGGCCUUGACUCUGAGGCACCUGCACCUGUGCCGGAUCCUCAGGAGCAGACACCAGGUGAAUCUACUCUGGCUCCGGAGGGGAUUGAGGACACAUUGCCUACAGGUGCGCCUCUCCCAGCCCUGUCAGGGGAAGGCGAGUCUCCCCCUGGGUCCAGUAACCCUCCAGCCUCUCCUGAGCUGCAGAGGCUCAGGGCAGAGAGGCGGAGGGAACUGGUUUCUCCCAGGAGGAGUGCUCGCCUUAAGGCCAGAAGAGGCGGGUCACCUGGGGGCCGGGACCACCCCUGGCCUCAGAGAAGAUAAAGGCCAGUCAGCCCGGUCCCAGGUUGUAGGAGCAAUGUCGUUGAAGAGCUGUUUCGGCCAGCACCCAGUCCUGUUCCUCCAGAGUUUCUGUCCUUGCCUGGCUCCUCGCUUUGGACCCUGCUUCGCCCGUGGAGGACUGUCUGCCGACCCUCGACUCAGGUCCUGGACCUCACCCCACGGUAACCUCCCCCCGGGACCAGCACAUAGCGCUAAGAAUGGAUGGUUGAGAGAAAGAAAGAGAGGAGAGCCAAGGCCCAACUGUUUUGAAUUUCCAGGGACCAGUCUGAAGCACUUGCUCCAAUGAGGAGAAUGAAUCUGAGUAUGGGAUUCUUUCCCAGUUAAAGGGUGUCUUGUUCCAAGCCAGCUUGGUCUCUGGAACAUCUUUAUUUUGACAUUAAGUGCACCGAACAAAACGCAAAAUGGAGGCCAGGCCAAGAAGAAGGGAGCAGGUGUUAGGAAAGUGAAAGCCUGCUAUUUUAAAGAGGUAGUUAACAGCUGCUUAUUGAAUUGUCAUGCUUAGCAGUGCCCAUGCUUGUGUUAUUCAUGGAGCAGAGGGAAGUGCCCUUUGGAAAGUCUGGGCUUUGUUAUUUAGAAGGCUUAGUCAUCUGGCAGGUAGGAGUUCAGAUGUGCCCUUGUUCAAGUCUUUCCUGUAGCUAUUUAGCUUUGCAGGGAUUUGCCUUUGCCCUCUGCCACCCCUUGGCAGCUAACGUUUGGAAGAAUAAUAUUGACUCCAUCACAAGAUAAAGUCUCUGCAGUCUCUCAGAUAUUGGGGGGAGGGGCAUUUGUACAGGAGAAUUUAUGAGAAAGAUACUGAACUCUCUGCCCACCAGUUCUUUCAUGAGAUACAUUUGUGUUUGGUGGUGCUUGUCCCCCAUCCCACUGGAUUUACCACCUGUUACCACCAACUUAAGGACUGAACAAAUAAAAACCGCCUUUGCGAGGGAGAAUCAGCAGUUGAUGUAAAGGCUAAGGCCUCUUCUUCCACCAGACAACUCUCCCCUGCGAAUGUAUAGGAUAACACAUCAUUGGAAACCCUAUAUACUCUGUGCCCCUAGAUUUCAAUAUAUGGCGUGUAUACUUCGAUGAGAAAAAUGAGGCUGUUAAUUCAAGGCUGUGUAAGAUGUACUAAAUAAAGGACUCUGAAACAGAGCUGGAAAAGUAUCUCAAAUUCAUAGUGUCAGUGUGGCAAAUUGUGUAGGUUCCAGCCUUGAGGAGGGCUGUGGAGUAACUUGGGGUCGCACUUGCACUGAAAUGAAUGUUUCGCCACAGAUCUUUUUGUAUCGUUGUCUCCCAGGUUGACGCUCAUUUUGUGGCAUUUGCCUGAUAAAAGGCAACUAAGUUUCACUCUGUAUCUAAUGAUGUCAUCUGAGGUUACAUUAUUUAUAUGUAUAAAAAAAAUUAAAAAUUGUCCAGUAGCACCUUAGAGACCAACUUAGUUUGUUCUUGGUAUAAGCUUUCAUGUGCAUGCACACUUCUUCAGAUACCAUGUAAAUUAUUUAUAUGGUCUCUCUUUCUCUUUCUGGUGUGUAAAUUAAUUGGCUUUGUUUCCCAAUAUCGCUAUCUUCUAGGUAAACACGAUACAGAAUUGGGGAAAUAGUGUCCUCGUUGUGAUGGCAAACUGCUUUUCAUGUUUGUUUGUUUUUAUAACAAAAAAGCUAGGUUCGAGUGGAAACUUAAAAUCGCAAUGAGCUAAAUGUCUCAUUUUACACGUCUAUUUUUAACCAUAUUCUCCCACCCUUAUUCUGCUCCUUAAACACAUCUACCCACCCACACUUGCCCAGCCACCGUCACAGAUGAUGCUCUCUGACUUAUUCCAGACACUGAUUCCACUGUCAGUGGAAGAGGACUGAGCAUUGCUUGUCCUGGGAUUCUGAUGCUCAGCCCAGCACAGCUUUGCCUCAGCAUUAGGAUCAGGCAGCUGGAGGCGUGUUAAAUACCAGGGCGUAUUUGUUCAGCUCUAAGGGCCUAAUGGAAAAUGUUGUUUUGAUGCUGGGCCUCAGCUGACUAAGGUAUUUCUUGGCUGCAUAGAAUGGGCACACCUUCAUGAAUUUUGCAUAAACUAAACUGCAUGCGUUUUGCGCAUAUAUACCAAGGCACAGCUGAUAACGCAUGGUUGUGGCUUUGAUGGAAAUUGGCCUCUAUCCGUAGCAUCCAGUAUUUUGUAUAAUGUAUCGGAAUGCCCUGGUGUUCUCCUUCUUGAUUUGUGUUCUAAUAGAAUUGUGGAGUUGGAAAGGGACCCCAAUGAUCAACCCCUUACAAUGCAGGAAUCCUAGAUAAAGAAUUCCUGAUAGAUGCCUACCCAACUUCUGUUUAAAAACCUCCAGUGAAGGAGAGCCCACCUCCUUGCGAGGGAGUCCACUCUGCUGUUGAAACACCUCUUAACAUCAGAAAUGAUGAUGAUGAUAAUAAUUUAUUAUUUAUACCCCGCCCAUCUGACUGGGUUUCCCCAGGCACUCUGGGUGGCUCCCAACAGAAUAAAAAAGCAAUAAAAUAUCAAACAUUAAAAACUUCCCUAAACAGGGCUGCCCUCAUAUGUCUUCUGGAAAGUUCUUCCUCAUGUUUAUUCAGAAUCUCCUUUUUUGUAAUUUUAGUCACCAGAGCAGCAGAAAGCAAGCUUGCGCCAUCUUCCAUGUGACAGCCCUUCAGAUAUUUUAGUCUCAACUUUCCUUUAAAAUAAAAUAAAAUAUUUCCCUGCCGAAAGGUUCAUUAGAACAAUCUGUCUAAUGAAGUGAAAUAUCAAGCCAGUGAGCAUGCUACUUAUUAAUUUCUUUUUUGAGGUAGGAGGUUCUGAUUAUAAUUAUUAUAAUAAAAAAAUAUAAUUUAUACCUCGCCCAUCUGGCUGGGUUUUCCCAGCCACUCUGGGCGGCUCCCAACAGAAUAUUAGAAACACGAUAAAACAUCAAACAUUAAAAACUUCCCUAAACAGGGUUGCCUUCAGAUGUCUUCUAAAAGUCAGAUAGUUGUUUAUUUCCUUGACAUCUGAUGGGAGGGCGUUUCACAAGGCAGGCGCCACUACCGAGAAGGCCCUCUGCCUGGUUCCCUGUAACCUCACUUCUCGCAGGGAGGGAACCUCCAGAAUGCCCUUGGAGCUGGACCUCAGUGUCUGGGCUGAAUGAUGGGGGUGGAGACGCUCCUUCAGGUAAACUGGGCCGAGGCCGUUUAGGGCUUUAGAGGUCAGCACCAACACUUUGAGUUGUGCUUGGAAACGUACUGGGAGCCAAGGUAGGUCUUUCAGGACCGGUGUUAUAUGGUCUCGGCGGCCACUCCCAGUCAGCUGUCUGGCUGCCGCUGAUUGAGUGUGUUUGUCUCCCUGCUGGGAAUGUGUGUGAGGUGAGUGCCCUAUCCCUUACCCCAUAUAACCCAGGCUGUCCCCAUGUUGUUGACCUACAACUCCCAUGAUUCCUGACCUCUGUCCACGCUGCUAGGGGCUGAUGGUAACUGUGGCCUAAAACAGCUGGAGGACAUCAGGUGCUCUGGAAGACUGUCUCAUCCUACUUCCAAUUUGGAUUGUGCAAAUUGGUCUUUGUAAAGCUUGAGUGCUUGGGGUUUUGUCAGUCAGUACUCAGUCACACACAAAUAAGAUUUUACGGAUGUGUGUGGCCUGUCCUGGCUGCAGUAUAGCAUGCCCAUUCUGGUAACUGGCUCCUCUGAGCAUAGAGAAGGAAUAGUAGAUGUUGAACAUCUUCAUAUUUGAUGGGAAAGGAGGCUUGGCAGGUCUAUGUUUACCCAGAAGUUUUAAGGAGAUGCCUUCUCAACAGCAAGGAGAUAUUGUUUUGGUUACGUGUUGUCAGGGGUUCAGGAGCAGAGGCAAGGGCAAGGGAGGAAACAGAGAGCGAGGGGGAGGAGGCAGAAGAAAAGAUGAGUGAUGACGACGACCCGAGAUCUCCGAGUCUUUCCAGUGAAUCAGAAGAUUCACAGAAAGGAGCACCAGUGGCCAGGGCAAGGGGGAGCCUAGGGGACGCCCCAGGAAGAUAGAGCCAGAGGGGACUCAGAGGGGAGCAGUUGGAAAUCGGGACCAGCGUCACCGCCAGAGAGCAGGGAAGGGCACGAGUCAGGAGUGGCCACACCUCCAUCGGGGAGCGAAGAAACGGUCAGACGGAAGGUGGAAGGUUGGGCGCGCGCGCCAAGUUCAAAUGCACAGGAAGGUGGCACAGUAGGCAGCCCGGAAGGGAGCCAGGUCCUAAAGCCCGCCGAAAGGAGGGAGAAGAGGCAGGGGGGUCAGCGUCAGAGGAAUCCCGGAAAGAAGAGACCCCAGGGGGCAGAGGGACCCAGAGAAGAACAGUCAGGCGGAAAAGGUGGAGCAGGGCUAGGAUAUUAAGUUGGUGUACAAGGGGCGGAGACUCAGACGGAGCUUCGCCGGUCUAACCAUGAGACGUAGAGUUGCACGCAGCAGUUUGAGAAUGGAAACUGUAACUCAAUAAAGACUUUUGUUUAACGAUCGCUGGCUAGCGUGAUCCUCUGUGAGCUAGGAUCUGGAAGCAGCUCUGACAGUAAGCUCCGUCUCUUUAAAUUGUGGGCAUCUACGGCCUCCCGGAGAGGAGAGAACGCGGGUGCCUACUAGCGAGCUCACGAAAGGCAGACAACAUGACGGCCGAACAGCAGAUAGCGGAACUCAGAGAAGCAGUGUCACGACUGAAUGCCGAGGCUCUUGCAUCCAGGAAGAGAGAGGAGGACGCAGCUGCCGCCUACAGGGAUCUCCAGGUCAGGUUGGAAGUGCUUACGAAGCAAGGGCAACUGACACCCAAACCGGAGGGGAUUGGGUUGGGGAGACGAACAGGCGGUCUGGUCUCUCACUUCGAUGGGAAUUUGCAACAGUACCCCAACUUUAGAGCAGAUGUAAUGUGUGCACUGCAACUGCUGGACAAAGACUUUAGAGAUGAGCAAGAGAAGGUGGGAUUCAUCAUGUCCCAUUUGCAUGGAGAUGCUAAAGCAUGGCUGCGCAAUUUGUGGAGAGAUAAGGAUCCGGCGCUCCAAAAUGCGGAUGCCUUUAUUAAAGCGAUGGAUGGGUGCUUUUAUCAAGCAUUGACGUGGAUCUUGCUCGGCAGCAGAUACAUGGACUGAAGCAAGGGAGGGCCAGCGUAAGGCAGUACCAUGCCCGCGUUUUCGCUGUGGUCAGUGCUCUGGAAUGGGACAGAGAUUCGGCUCCUGUAAGAGACCUGUUUUGGGAGGGAUUGCACGGCUCGGUUAAAGAUGAAAUUGCGAGGGGAGAGACCCGGACCACGCAGGAGAUCGUUCAGAGGGCGCUGGCGGUGGGGGUGCGGCUGGAAGAACGUCCGUGGAGCAGGGACGAAGGGCGUGGAGGGCGCGAACCAGCCAGGGGCUCCUCCUUCCUUCCCAGAGAAGCAGCGCGUGCGCAAUCCACGCCUCCGCCAGGAGGAGGAGCGGAACCUAUGGAGGUUGGAGGUGCAAGGGCUCAGUCAGCAGCCAGAGCCCUAGCACCGGCAGCAGUGAAGCGAAGCCUCCUAGAGGGAACAGGAAGUGUUACAUCUGCGAUGCUCCACAGCAUAUGGCGAAAGAGUGUCCCCAGAGGCUCCACAAGCACACUGCAGCUUCAGCAAUGGUAACUGCAGCAACGCAGCAAGGAGAACCACAGCAGGGAAACGACGGAGUCUGGUUGGAGGAAGAGGCACUGGGGCCCAGCCAGACGUGUCAGUGAAGCAGUCCCCAGAGAUUUUACAGCCCAUGGACCCCCUCCCGCCCAAACCAGUAGUGAGGCUCACCGCGUCGCUCCAGCUGCCCAAUGGAAUCACCAUGGACGUGCCAAUCACCAUUGACUCCGGAAGCAAUGCGGACUUUAUAGGGCAGGACUUUGUCGACCGGCACGCUAUACAGUUGCUGCCUGCCACGCUGCCCCUGCAGGUUGUCACGGUGGAUGGCAGGGAGCUGCUAGGGGGGCAAGUGGUGAAGCAGACGCCACCAAUGGUGAUGCGGCUUGGGAAUCACAGGGAAAUCAUCAGCUUCAAUGUCACUCAACUAUCGGACACGCCCAUUGUAUUGGGCAUGAGUUGGCUGGACAAGCACAGCCCGACGCUGGCUUGGUACCAGAGGCAGCUGACCUUCGGCUCUUCCUUCGCCGCCGAACACUGCAUCGUGCCCCGGCAGGAAGGAGAGGAAGAGGAGUCACAGCUGCAGCUAGGCACGCUGCAAGCGGUUCCCCACAAGUACGCAGAAUUUUUGGAGGUUUUCUGCGAGAAGGAGGCAGACAGGCUACCCCCCCCACAGACCAUAUGACUGCAAAAUUGACCUGCUGCCGGGGGCGGCGCUGCCCAAAGGGAAGCUGUAUUCCAUGUCUGAGGACGAACUGCAGGAACUCAAAGAGUUCAUAGAUCAUAAUUUGGAGCGCGGUUUCAUCCGAGAGUCCAAGGCAGCGGGGGCAGUCCGGUAUUCUUUGUUAAGAAGCGGGACACGCCCCAGAAAAGACUUGUAGUGGACUAUCGCAUUUUGAACAGCGUGACCAAGCCAUCGGACUUCCCCAUGCCCCGAAUCGACGACCUCCUCGCAAAGGUACGGAAGGGCAGCGUCUUCACUAAGUUGGACCUGCGAGGGGCGUACAACCUCAUUCGCAUGCGGGAAGGAGAUGAGUGGAAGACAGCCAUGUUCACGCCCCUGGGCACCUACGAAUAUAGAGUUAUGCCUUUUGGAUUGCAAAAUGGUUCCCACGUUUUCAAGCUUUCAUGCAUCACGUGUUGGCGGGGCUCCUCUACAAGACGUGCGUCUGUUUCUUGGAUGACAUCCUGAUCUUUUCGGAAUCGCAGCAGGAGCAUGACAGACACGUCAAGGAAGUGCUGAGCAGGCUACAGCAACAUAGGCUUUACGCCAAGCUGGAGAAGUGCCAAUUCGACGUGACGGAGGUGGAUUUCCUGGGCUACAAGUUGUCUGAUAAAGGGCUCGCCAUGGACAGCGCCAAGGUCCGAGCAGUGUUGGAUUGGAAAAGCCCACGCAACCGGAAGGAGGUCCAACGGUUUGUCGGCUUUGCGAACUUCUAUCGCAAGUUUAUCAAAGGCUUUGCCAUGCAGACAGCGGCCAUCACGGACACGCUCAGCUCCAAGAAAAGAAGUUCAUCUGGACAGAGCAGGCGGAGCAGUCCUUUCAGGCACUCAAGCGUCUCUUCGCGUCGGAAGGGCAACUGCUUCAUGUCAUCCCAAUCAGGCAGAUGAGUGUGUAGACAGACUCUUCGGACAGAGCCGUGUUAGCAGUCCUGCUGCAGAUUUACCAGCAUGGGGUUUGGAGGCCGGGAGCGUUUUACUCAAGGAAGCUCAGCAAGUCCGAACAGAACUACACCAUCUGGGACAGGGAGUUGCUGGCCAUUCAUGCAGCGUUCAAAGCGUGGAGGCACUUCCUGAUCGGCGCCAAGCACACGGUGCAGGUCUGCACGGACCACAAGAAUCUAGAGCACUGGCGCACGGCACAGUUCCUGAACCAGAGGCAGAUACGUUGGGCUGAGUUCUUUGCGAAUUUCGACUUCCGAAUAGAGUAUGUCCCGGGGACACCAACAUCAUGGCGGAUGCUCUCUCCCGUAAGCCGCAGUAUCUGGAGGAGGCAACGCCAGCGGCCGCCAUGCACAUCUUCGCACCGACAGUGUGGGCGUGCACGGCGGCAACAGUUGACCUGGAGGCGGUGCGACGAGCGUUGCAGGAUGACUCCUUCGCGCAAGCAAAGAUGGCAGAGGCGCACAGGGGCACGGCAGCGACCGACGAGUUCCAGCUGCGAGAUGGUUUGCUCAUCCGUAAAGGGGCCAUCUACGUGCCGGGAGACGAACUUCGCGCCAAGGUACUGCAGCAGCUGCACGACGCGCCCACUGCCGGGCACUUUGGCAAGGAGAAGACGGUGGAAUUAGUAGCCAGAGACUUCUGGUGGCCAGGAAUGAGAGGGAAGUCGCGGACUACGUGGCGAGGUGUGACACCUGCCAGAGGGCCAAACCAGUGCACAGACCGCCGGCCGGAUUGCUGGAACCGCUGCAAACUCCGUUCGAACCAUGGGAGAGAGUGGCCCUGGACUUUGUCACGGAUCUGCCCAGCUCGAGGGGCAAGACGGCUGUGCUGGUGGUGGUGGACUUGUUCUCCAAGAUGGCACAUUUCAUUCCGUGUGCGAAGGUGGCCACGGCGGAACAAACCGCCAAACUGUUCAUAGACCACGUGUUCAAGGUUCACGGUCUGCCGCGGUCUAUUCUGUCCGACCGAGGGCGACAGUUCAUCUCGAACUUCUGGCAGAGGCUGAUGGGCUUCCUGAACGUCAAGAUCAACCUGGCGUCGGCUAGACACCCGCAGACCAAUGGGCAAGCGGAGCGGGUCAAUGCCAUCAUGCAGCAGUACCUGAGAUGUUAUGCGAAUCAACAGCCUGCGACGUGGGUGGAUUACCUGCCUCUCGCCGAGUUCGCCUACAACAACACGAAGCACGUGUCCACGGGGUCACGCCGUUCUUCGCCAACAACGGGAGGCACCCCAGAACCUUCCCGGGACUGGAAAGAAUGGGGAGGGGGGAGCCGCAGACAGCAGAUGCAUUCGCGUCGGAGUUGCAGGAGGUCCACGAUCAGCUGCGGCGGCACCUGGAGCUGGCUAAGCACGCAUACAAGGUACAAGCGGACAAACACAGAAGGGUUGGCGAAGAGAUCCAUGUGGGAGACUGGGUCUGGUUAGCAGCCCACGCAGUGCCGGCCAGGUCGUUGGCGAAGAAGAAACUAGGGCAUAAACAACUGGGGCCCUACCAAGUCGAAGAACAGGUCAACCCGGUGGCUUUCAGGCUGGCUCUUCCGGAGGGUUCCAGAAUGCAUCCGGUGUUCCACAGAUCGGUGCUCACUCCAUACAAGGCACCUCACAGGUUUCAGGAACCAGGAACGGCACCGGGUCCGCUCCGAGAGAGAACCGGGCAAAGGGGAGUGGCACGGGAGGAGCGCAUCAACGAAGUCACGGAGAUUUUGGACUCCAGAUGGGGGGAAGAGGGGGUAGAAUACCUUCUCGCCAAGGAGGGCACCCGGCCAGUGCCAACAGCUGGGUGCCGGGCUACGCUUUAGACGAACCUCUGCUCAAAGAAGAGUUUCAUGCCCUCUUCCCACAUAGGCCAAUGCCAGCAGACUUUUUCGACGACUGGCUUUUCACGCCCACACUUUCAGCCAGCACGUUCCGGGGGUUCGACUCGGACGAGGAACCGACACGAGACGCCCGUUCCCGGAGGGGUCACCCUCGGGAUCUGCUUCAGAACCCUCGUAUUGGUGGGAUGAUCGACCAGAGGAGCAGUUCCGUAGAAGGUGGCUGGAGGGUCCAGGACGAGCAACGUCUCCAGAAGGUAACGAGGGAGACGGACAUGGACGUUUCGGGGACGACCCGGGUUUCGAGCACGGCGGCACAGAGAUGGAAGCGGAGGUGACCGUCGUCAACGAGAGCAGGGAGGAAGAACCGGAAGACUUCAGAUGGCGGCCCGCCACGGGAAGCGAACUGUAUCCGACAUUCGUCCCCUGACACGGCAGCACCCAGAUCCCGCACCGGAAGGAGGGGAGGGGAAGAGGGGCUUCGAGGGGGAUGGAUGUCAGGGGUUCAGGAGCAGAGGCAAGGGCAAGGGAGGAAACAGAGAGCGAGGGGAGGAGGCAGAAGAAAAGAUGAGUGAUGACGACGACCCGAGAUCUCCGAGUCUUUCCAGUGAAUCAGAAGAUUCACAGAAAGGAGCACCAGUGGCCAGGGCAAGGGGGAGCCUAGGGGACGCCCCAGGAAGAUAGAGCCAGAGGGGACUCAGAAGGGAGCAGUUGGAAAUCGGGACCAGCGUCACCGCCAGAGAGCAGGGAAGAGGAAGGGAGCCAGGGAUCAAGCGCUGGCAGCUCACAACAGGGGGGAGGGCACGAGUCAGGAGUGGCCACACCUCCAUCGGGGAGCGAAGAAACGGUCAGACGGAAGGUGGAAGGUUGGGCGCGCGCGCAAGUUCAAAUGCACAGGAAGGUGGCACAGUAGGCAGCCCGGAAAGGGAGCCAGGUCCUAAAGCCCGCCGAAAGGAGGGAGAAGAGGCAGGGGGGUCAGCGUCAGAGGAAUCCCGGAAAGAAGAGACCCCAGGGGCAGAGGGACCCAGAGAAGAACAGUCAGGCGGAAAAGGUGGAGCAGGGCUAGGAUAUUAAGUUGGUGUACAAGGGGCGGAGACUCAGACGGAGCUUCGCCGGUCUAACCAUGAGACGUAGAGUUGCACGCAGCAGUUUGAGAAUGGAAACUGUAACUCAAUAAAGACUUUUGUUUAAUGAUCGCUGGCUAGCGUGAUCCUCUGUGAGCUAGGAUCUGGAAGCAGCUCUGACACGUGUGUUAAUGGCAACUUUCUUGAAGGAAGCAGCAACAGCCUCCUCUCUGCAAAGCACCACUUUAAUUCAAAAAUCUCUGUUAAGAUCGGGGCAAUAAUAUCCUCUUGGGAUUAAAAUACUUCUGGCUGAAGUAUUCUUCUCUCCCCCUCCCAGGGCAUACUGAGGAACAAUUGAGGGUAUUGUCCUCUUUUAUACCACUGACACUUUCAGAAGUAGACCAGUGCUGUAAGGAGUACAAUUGCUGUCUCUGAACAUUUACUUGCUGCCCCAAAUAUAAAGCCAGAGAUGGCAACACUGGAGGGGGGGGAGAAUAAUGAAUGGGAUUCUGAACCAAGAAAACACACAUUCUCUACUGUAGAAAUCAGAUUUGCUCAGUUCUGGCUUCAGUUUUUAUUUUGCCAAAUGAAAGCUUUGCAAAGGAAAUAUCCCCCCCCCCAAUAAGGGACCAGUGAAAGAUUUGACAGGGAACACACUAAAUAUAUGGGAAAGAAGAGACUGAAGUUAUGUUUCAGGUUGUGCUUUGUGCUGCAGUGAAGAUUCGAAAAGUGAUCAUUUAAAAAAAAAUAUUUUGGAAAAUGAAAGUUAAGCUCUUCAUGAAGUGGAAUUAUUCCAUAGGUUCAGUGAACCUUUUGGGUGAAGUUGGUAUACUUGUUCCUAGUCCAAGGGCACUAAUAGGAUCCUAUCUGGAAAACCUUUUCAUUCGGUGGAUGGAAGCAGCUUAUAAAUGCCAAGGAACAGAUGCACAGACCAUGCCCUUCCAUUGAAAUGAAUGGAGCUGCUUGCUUGCAUCUCUGUAAGCAUUUGAGCUCGUGAAUUGAAUGGCACCCUGCUAAUCAGAAGUAAAAAAUUACCUGAAAUAGCCAAGGCACUAGACUGCAGUUUUGGAUGGCAAAUAAGGUUUGAUAACUUUCAAAAAGAUGGUUCUGCAUUGCUUUCGUACUUUUCUUUGCGCCCAUCAAGGUUGACUAGAAAUUUUGUAAAAGCAGCUUUGCAUCCCUGGGGAGUUUGUGGAAGCCAGGUAUCAUUGAUUCAAAAAGAACCCAAGUGCCAACAUUAGGGCUUUUUGUGGGUUGUUGUUUUUUUAAAAAAAUGACCUUGCACUUGAGGCCAUAUAAUGUAUCUUAGUAGACUAAUUUCCAGGUGGCACUUUUAUGGAGACCUGUGACCCAUGUUGCAUGCAAAUCUUUUCCCCAGGCACAGAAACGGCACUCUGGAGUGCUAUUGCUGCCUGGAUUUGACCCCUAAAUUGCAGACCUGAGUACAAAGUGGUUGGUGCAGUCUCCCACGCAAGAGAGCUGAGUCUUCAAAAGCUGGCUGCCAAUAUUACUUCAGUCUCCUCUACGCUAGACUUCAGUCAGCCAAAUGUCGUGCUGGCCUUUUUUCUGGUGUCCUGCUGCUAUUGCAACAGCUCGGAAGUUCUUUCCUGUAACAUAUAUAUACUUUCUGUAUACAGUGAUACCUCGGGUUAAGUACUUAAUUCGUUCUGGUGGUCCGUUCUUAACCUGAAACUGUUCUUAACCUGAAGCACCACUUUAGCUAAUGGGGCCUCCUGCUGCUGCUGCGCCGCCGCCACGCGAUUUCUGUUCUCAUCCUGAAGCAAAGUUCUUAACCCGAGGUACUAUUUCUGGGUUCGCGGAGUCUAUAACCUGAAGUGUAUGUAACCUGAAGCGUAUGUAACCCGAGGUACCACUGUAAAUGGAUUGAUUGUAGAAAUAUAAAUGAGAAUGGUAAAUACUUGAUUUAGGCCUGCAACUGGACCAAAGACAUUUUGAUAGCUCUCUGAAAUAUAGAUUUAUCAAAAAUGAGUAGAAACAAGAUUUCUGAAACAAGAGGAAUGCUUUUUUCUUUUUUUAAUGAUGUACACAUGCUGAGUGUCUGGCUAGGACUGGGCAGACCUGGGUUCAAAUCCUUAUUAUGUUGUCUAGCCACCUGGAUGAUCUUGGCUAGUUCAUCACUGCUCAUACUGACCUACUUCACAGAGUUGACAUGGGGAUAAAAUGGGUGGAGAACAACGUAUGCUACCCUGAGCUUCUGGGGGAAAGGUGGUGUGUAAAUGUAAGGAAAAGAAUAAAUCUUAGAGUCCCUCCUUUGUGAGUGAGAAAUAAAAAUGCUUCCCUCCAAGAUUACGUGCAACCAUGUACCUUUUUCAUGGAUUAAGCCCCCCCCCCAAUUAAUUGACUGAUCAAUUAAGCAGAAGCAAGUGAAAACAGCAUGCUCUUUAAUUCUGGGAUUUAAGCUUAGAGCUUUUCCAGUUAAACUGGAAUUCGGGAGGAGUGGCAGAGUGAAUUAAAAGAACAAUAAAGGAUUGGAUCAGGAAAUGCCAUCUCAACCUUGUUCCAUGAUUUCAUUUGAUUAUGUGUACAUAGCCUAAGCACCUGCAACAUGUACAGAUUUCCAUGUGAUCAGUAAUCUGCAAUUUCUUAGGGUUCUAGGUCAUUCGGAGAGAGCCAUGCCUGUACAAGUGCUGUACACAUGCAUGCACACACACACCCCACACAGGUUAGUGUAGACAAUUGGGAGAACGAACUGAAGCCAGGAGCAGGGACAGCCAUUGCGAUCUUGAUUCCCUAUUUGUUUUGAGAUUGCUGUGUAUUAAAUUGAACAAUGUUUUGCACUGUUUGAGAGUUGGGGGCUUGUCUCUCUGUGUUUGUUGGCUUUGGCUCUAAGAGACUUGCUGCCAGUAGGUUUGAACCCUUGGGCAGUUCCACCAGACAUAGUGAAAUGAAAUUAAUUUCAAACAGGCCACCUCCUGACUUGAGUAUUUUGGAUCCGGUCAGAUAAUUUCCUGUAGAAAUUUAGGCACAUGAUGGCCUCUCCCCUCUGCAAGGCCAAAGGACCUGUGAAGGUGAUCUGCCCUUGGAGGCUAAUGGCUUCUGAUGGGAUUCCUGAAUGUUCUUGUGGAUUUACUGGCGAUCCUGUCUAAGCUCUGUUUACUCUCUGGAAUAGAGGUAGAUUGCGUGGUUGACACGAUCCUGUCCUCUUCCACUAUGCAGAGCACUGAGAACUGCAGUUGCAUUAUAAAAGCAUGACUUUAGUUUUCUCUUUGUUCUGCGUUGCUUUUAAGAAUAGUGUUUUUGUAUUUUAUCUUCUAUGGCACUGUGCAUGGCUCAGAGAUUGUUAGUUAUUGGGUAGCUGAAGAAAUUGCAAGAAGUAAAUGAUUCCUUUAACUUAUUACAACCAGAGUGGCGGCCAUUUUGGAAGCCACUUGAGACAAAGGUGGAACAUGAAGGAAAAUGGUACAUGGUGUUGAGUUGAGGAGCUUCUGAGUAAAAGGUUAGAUGGUGACUCACCAUCUCUAAAAGAAGAUUAGUCAGUUGGUCACAUUUAGGCCACAUCCCAAACUAAAGAACAUUGUACUUUGGCCAUAUUUACAACAUCCCACCUGCCCUCCUACCUUUGCAUCUAAACCUUUGACAUUUAACGUGAAACAGGAAGGCCUUCAAAGUGGGAGCUUUUAGAGCAAGAUGAGUUGCCAAAUGAGAAAAUUAAUGGGUUUAGAGCAAUUUGAAAUGCCACACAUUCUGGCUGCUUAAAUCUCAUUUGUAGGCCUAUGUAUAUUAAUAAUUUGGUGGUUAAUGGGCAGAAUAAUUAUAUAUAUAUUUGUUUUGUUUUUUUAACUUCAGGGCAAAAGUAGAAGUUAUAUUCAGAUCUGUGCCAUGCACAGAUUAUAGAGUACAGUGGUACCUCGGAAGCCGAAUCCAUUCCGGAAGUCUGUUCGACUUCCAAAACAUUCGGAAACCAAGGCACGGCUUCCGACUGCCCAUAGGAAGCUCCUGCAACCAAUCGGAAGCCGCGUAAGCUGCAUUAGAUCUUCGGGUUCCAAAGAACGUUUGCAAACCGGAACACUCACUUCUAGGUUUGCGGGGUUUGGGAGUCAAGCCCUUCGACUUGCAAGGUACGACUGUACAGUGGUACCUCAGGUUACAUACGCUUCAGGUUACAGCCUCCGCUAACCCAGAAAUAGUGCUUCAGGUUAAGAACUCUGCUUCAGGAUAAAAACAGAAAUCGUGCUCCGGUGGCGCGGCAGCAGCAGGAGGCCCCAUUAGCUAAAGUGGUUCUUCAAGUUAAGAACAGUUUCAGGUUAAGUACGGACCUCCGGAACGAAUUAAGUACUUAACCCGAGGUACCACUGUAUAUGGGUUUGCACCAGGCUGUUGAAAAUCCUAACUUUCAGUAUAUCAUUUCUUUAACUCCUUUAACUUAUCAUUGUAGUGGCUGUUAACAUCCAUGCCAUUUCAGCUUUGGGGAUGGCAAGAGGUUCCUUUUGGGCAGUUUGACACAAUUUGAUACCCCCAAAGCCCCCUGCUCCCUGCUGUGGCACUGUGCUGUUCAGGAAGGACUCUUGACCAUUCAGAGAGGCUUUGAGUGGGUUGUAGGGGGACAGGAGAGAGGUGAAAGAGGAGUUUACUUGGUCUUCAGAUCCAAGUUGCAGGCAACAGUUGCCACCAACCUACUGAUCAUUAAACACUUUUACCCUAAUCCUCCUUGAUGCCUUUAAAACCUGCCUUCUCCUCAAGCGGAUGAGAUAACUGACCGGCUGCUUUAAAAUAAAUUUUUCAUCUCUAAGCAUUUUUCUGACCUUCAUCAAAAGCCUGCUUCUAAACAAAUAUUCAGCAGUCUCGGUUGCUUCAAGCUUUUGCUUGCUAUUAAGGGCUUUACUUGAAAGAAGAUAAUACCAAAAAAAGGUUUAUUUUAUAAGCCUUAUUUUCAACAGUCUGGGUUUAUUUCCUGUGGGCUAAUCUAGUCUAAAUGUGGGGGAGGUGAGCGACAUCAAAUAGACAAAGGUAUGUUUUUCAUUCUAAUGAAACGGACCCAUGUUUGUCCGUCCUCAGUUUACUCAUUAAUGAUAUGAUAUAAACAGGAAUUGCAUUUUAAAAGGCUGGGUAUCUGGAAUGUAGAGCAUGAACUGAAAUGACUGUUGCCCUUACUUCUCAUUGUCUUCAUAAAUUACAAAGAGAGAACACCCAUUCCUCUUAGGAGGUACUUAUGACCCCCUCGCUGCUCCCAUGAUGCUGAAAUAGUGGGGAGAGAACACUGCCGUCACUCAGAUUUGGCUUUGUGAUGGUGCCACAUAGCCAAUGAGGUUGGCCUAUAUAAUGCCUUUGCUCUGAUUUGGCUUCAGAAGUCAGAGCUUACUGCCCUCGAGACUGGUGAGGGCAGCAAAUCACACCAGGUCUGUGGUCCUGGCAGCAGCAGCAGCAACAAACAGGCCACAGAAAAGAGAAGUAAGGUUCAAUUUCCGUGUCUUCUCCCCGAUCCUCCUCUAACAUCCCAAUCUACCUGUCGCCUUUUGAGCCAGAGAGUUCACUAGAAAACUUUCUGCUCCACCCUUACGUGGCCUGAGAACAGCUAGUUCAUUUCUUUCAGGUGCAAUAUAAUUUACAAACUUCAGGAUUCCUCAUGGGAGCUGAGUAACAGGAAAAGAGCCAGUAUGUUCCUUGGGAACCAGUUACUCAGAAAUGCUGGGGCACCUAGAAGAACAACUGGUUAACUGCUUGUGUAAUGAGUAAUGAGUUUUGUGUCUGGUGCAGAAGUCCAUUAUCAAAUUAAUGCCUCAAUAAAUAAGAUGUCACAGUCCUUGCUGUCUUCAGUUUAAAAGCUUUUUUCUUCAUGGUUUUUUUUUUUUUUUGUACCUAUAUAUGUAAUCCCAACAAUCUUCACUCUUCACUCUUGCUUCUUUCUCCACAUUCUUUUGUAUGUGUGAGCAUGCUUCACCACAGGUUGGAAUUAUUCAUAUGCAGUUUGUCCCUACACUCGAGUAGGUCCCUGGCAGAGACACAUGCCCGAUUGGCAUGUUCUCUCCCUCCUGGUCGAUCGUUCGGGAGCUUCAAAAGCUUUCUUCAGCCCGAACAUCACAGCGACUGAUGCCAACAGACACCGGCACACUUAGGGAUCCGCAGAGUUUGCGCACCUUGCAUGACAGACCUCAGCAACUCAGCAUUUUGGCUAAUCUACUUUAUUUACAUAUAAACACACACGGAGCACUGCAACAUGGCUCCCUCUCUCUCUAGCAUCAGACAGCAAAGAGAAAAAGAACAAAGGGCGAUAGUCCCACUUCAUGGAACACAGUAACACAAACAUCCUGUCUCCGUCACUUCCCACUCUGUGGAGUCAAAACACACACCGUCAUGUGAUAGACAAAAAUCCCAUAACUGCAGUCAUGGAGCAGGAAUACUAACAAGAAGUAGCUUUGUCACCUGGCACCGUAAUGACUGCUGUGUAAAGAGGACCACUUUUCCUUGAGAGUUCCCAAGCAACUCUAAGGUGUUUUUUUUGGGGGGGGGGAGGCCCACAGCAUAAAAGUCUAUCUUGAGAACCUGAUAGCUAUGCGCAAUUCACUCUUCCUGCAUUGUGCUUGCUUUUCAUUGGAACUUUUUAGUGUGCAACACGUAGUGUUGGAAAUUAGCCAGGCGCAUUUUGCACCUGACUAUUGUCCACUUUCAACCAAGUGAAGAUGCCUGGGUGCCAGAUUGGUCCCGGACACCUCCACCAUCUGGAGGUGCAUUCCUUGGGAUAAUUGGAUCUUGGCUGUUUUCACACGCUAAUACCCCAUCCUGUAGAAUUCUAUCACUUAUAUUUUAUCUGCACAAUCAAAGAGUGAAUUUCAGGAACCAAAAUGCUUUUUCUGUGCAGCCUGAGCAGGAGCGGUGAAAAAUGUUAUAGUUAACUAUUGUAGCUUGUCUUCACUUACCAUACCCCACUGCCCUGCUCACAGUUGUGAAGAAUAUUCUUAAUGUUAUGUAUGGUCCGUGUCACCAUUAAGAAAAAAAAGGUAGGAAUUGGCUGACAUAUAUGUAGACUGCCCCUGGAUAAAGUGACUUUUCUUUUAAGUUCUCAAAGCUCUUAACCUAGCUCAAGCUUGUCAUCUGAACUAGCCAGAUAUCACAGUUGGUCCAUCAUUUGAAAAAUAAAACUUUAGAGCUGCCGAGCCCCAAAAUGGUAACUAGACAUUCCACUUUGGCGACUAUAACCUAGGAACCAUUUGGCUCCUAGCUUAUAUACCUGAGUUUCUAACACUGGCCACACAUGAGAGGAAUCUUUAGUGCACAGCUUUGCUUAGGCACUCCAUACAAAGAGCAAAACUACCUUUCUAAAGCGGUAGGUGAUAUUCUUCAGAGUUGUAAGAUAAGAAGGACGCUUUCAAAUUCUGCUGUGGAGAAAUAUUUUAAAACUGUUCUCUCUGUAAUUUUUAGGGAUGGUUAAAUUGACCCUGAUCUUGUGUUUCUCUCUCCCCCUCCCCCACCUUUUGUUCCCUACCCACGUUGCUCUAGGUCUGGGUUGUUUUGUGUUCCGCCAGCUUCAUUACCAAAGACAGAUGAGCCUCUGGAUAAAACUUGCACUAACGGGACGUCUGAAGACAGGCAGCCCAUACAGCUGGAGACUGGGCAGUGGCCUUUGGACGAAAAGCCUUCCAAAGUCAAUGGCGAGGAACAAGUUCCCCCCCUCUUGCCUCCACCACCGUCAGGCAAUGUUCUUCCUUACCCUCCCUAUUUUGAGGGAGCCCCCUUCCCCCCUCCGUUGUGGCUAAGGCGCUCAUAUAAUCAGUGGGUGCCUCAGCCCCCUCCAAGGACUAUAAAAAGGACAAAGCGACGCUUGUCCCGCAAUAGAGACCCUGGCCGGCUCAUCAUGAGCACCAUUAGGCUGAGACCUAGGCGAGUGCUCUGUGAGAAGUGCAAGAACACCCUGAGCCCAGAGGAGGGGAACAAGGCCAGGCAGAACACAAAAACCAGGAGGAAGCUGAGCAUCGAGGACAAGGAGCAAAAGAGGCACAGCGAGUCCGACUACGGAGAGAAAAGGGGCAAAAGAGAAAAACGGGAGGAGGAGAAGUUCCCUAGGGAGUUGAUGCACCGGACUCCGGUUAUAAAAAUAUCUUACAGCACCCCACAAGGUAAAGGGGAGGUGGUGAAAAUCCCCUCCCGGGUUCAUGGCUCAGGGAAGCUGUUUUGUCCUCAGAGCAGAGGGGAGGACCAAGAGGAGACCAGAGACUCGGAAGAGGAUCGGGAAACCAAAUGUUUUGUGGAUAAGUCUGCGGGCGGUCAGCUUGCUUCCAUUCCAAAGUUAAAGUUAACCAGGCCUGUGCAUUCCAGUGCAGAUGUUCCACCUCCCAAGAUCAGGCUGAAACCCCAUCGGAUCAACGAAGGGGACAAUGUUUCAAUCUACAAAGCGGAACUUAUCGACCAGAUGAAUGUCCUUCCCGGUCACAGAGAGUCUCGUGCUGCUUCUUUUUAUACCGAUGAGUCUGCGGAUAGAAGUUUAGCCGAGAUGUCUUCAGGGAGCUCCUGUGAAGACGACGACUUCAAAAGGUUUCCCCAAGGUAAAGAUGGACACGAUAACUUGGCUUUCCUUAUGAAUUACCGUAAGAGGAAAGCGGAUUCUUCUAGCUUAUCGGUGUGUAGCAAUGACAGCCUAGACGAAUCCAAAUCUUCUAGCUCGGAAGUAACAUCGCCAGACAUGUGUGACUUUUUACCUGGUGACGAUGCGUCCGUCUCUUCGUCCUCGAAAGAUGAGCGAAAGAUUGUGCCCCCAUUAACAGUUAGACUGCACACGCAAAGUGUCGCAAAGUGUAUCACUGAAGAUGGAAGGACUAUUUCAGUCGGGGAUAUUGUUUGGGGCAAAAUCCAUGGCUUCCCCUGGUGGCCGGCCCGUGUGCUCGACAUAAACGUCAGCCAGAAGGAGAAUGGAGACCCUUCCUGGCAAGAAGCAAAAGUUUCAUGGUUUGGUUCUCCAACGACAUCUUUCUUGUCUCUCUCAAAACUCUCCCCUUUCUCUGAAUAUUUCAAACUGCGAUUUAAUCGUAAGAAGAAAGGGAUGUAUCGGAAAGCUAUAACAGAAGCUGCCAAGGCAGUGGAACACCUGACCCCAGAAAUAAGAGACCUCUUAACGCAGUUUGAAACAUAAUUUUGGCUUCAGUUGCAGGUAAGUGCAUUUGGGAGACGGCACGUGCAUUACACAAGCUGAUUUAAGCACCUGUGUGCUUGGAGUUUGUUUUUCAGAGUUUUUAAAAGUGAGAGGGAUGGACUGCUUCAGUGGGAAUUAAUCAAAGGGGCUGUAUAGUACACUAUUAAAAGUGUGUGCAUUUUGGGGGUAUCUUGCACUGUGAUAUAAAAGUUUGGGUAUAUUAAGGGCAUAGUCUUGGUCAUUACCAAGUCACCCCAGAGUAUCUUUUCCAUCUUUUGAAAUGUGACUGGAAAGUUUGGAGUUAGAGCUUUUUUGGGGGGGGGAGGGGUGUUAAGUCAUCAUUUGUUAGACAGCUUGCCAAAUACACUUAUAGAAAGACAACUGUAAAUUGGUCUUAUAUGGGUCUUGUUGUUCCUCAUGACAAAUAAGAACUUGAGAAAAACUUCCCGGAUCAGCCAGAGGCCUCUGUAGUGCGGCGUCUUGUUUUCACACUGGCCAAUGAGAUGCUGACAGGAAGCCUGCAAGCAGAACCUGAACACACAACAGCACUCCCUACAAAUCGCUUUGCAUUGAUGAGAUGCAUAUGAUAGAAAAUAUAAUUUAGGGAAUUCCUCUGUGUGGCCUGGAGUGUUUAGUUUGGGGUCUUUUUUAAACAAUGACAACUGGGAAUGAAGUUAUGGAAAGUACCAUCUAGAUACCCUGUAUUUCUGUGGCAUCAUCAUCAAUAAACUAUUUUUCUGUUGGGUAGCUUUUUCCUCAAAACUUGAUGAAAUUGUGCUCACACACUUGGGGGGGACGCACUAAUGGUGCUCCCCCACCCAGCUCAUGCCUCCAUGUAGACACUUGCCUGCCUGUCUCAUUCCUGCCCUCUGUUAUAUUCUUUGCUGUAGUAAGGAUUGCUAAUCCUUUAGCUUGUCAGAGCUUGUUACUUCCCUCCUUUUUUGAAAUCCAGGUAGGGAAAACCUGAAUACCGGAUGUUUGUAGGCCAUCAGUAUUGCAUGACAUUGUCUCUGUUUUCUGCAGUUUGAGAAAUGCAGGCGAUCUUGGGUGUAAUCUGCUGUCUGUUAGCUCCAACUUUGUUUAAAAGAUGCAACAUUUGGAAUGUGCUGGCAGGACCUGCACGAUGCUUGAUUUCUCACAUGAGGUGUUGGAGACCAGGCCUGCUUAGAAACAAGACCAGCUAUCCUGGAAACCCUGUUUAUAAAGCCUUAAAACGUGAGAGCCAGUGGUGUCAGUUCCAUGGAGAAUGACAGGGAGUUGGCACAUGCUCAGUGCAUUCCUCUUCAUCAUUUCUUCACGUGCUACAGGACUUGACCCUGGUAAUGAAAACAGAUUCUGGGAAACCAAACUGCCAGUUUGGAAGGGACUUCUAUGCCCUUAUUUUCCCCCCUUGGGUGUCUUCCUGCUCUCCACCUUCGUAUUCAUCCUGCUGCCAUGGCUUGUUAUUUCUCUUCAGCAGCUGUCCAUUGUCGCCAGAAUUCAGGUAGUGAGUUCAGAAGAAAUUGUUCCAAACCAACUAAGCAGGUCUCUGCAAACUGAAUUCCUAUCUGGGGUGCAUUAUUAUUAAUGCAGAAUUUGGGCUUGGUUUUCAUGCAUUUUUUUCUUAACCCAUUUUAUAUUCUAGCUCCAAACUUACUUAACCAAGGGGCUGCAGGGAAUGCUAUAUUGUUUUCUUUCAUCAUUUCUCACUUCAGUCAUUAGGCUCUGCAAGUCUACAUUAUCUGUUAAAAAAGAAAAGGAUGGUGUAUGUGUGUGUGUCCUUAUUCUCUUACAUCAUAUGUUUGCUAAAUUGCCAGCAUUAAAUGGCUGCUAUGAAAUAUUUCUAUAAAAUUGUCUCAGAAAGAGAUUUUUAUGUAUUAUGCAUCCUGUUGGAGAAGCUUCUUAGCCUCUCUCUUUUUUCGCAUUCUUUCAGCAUAUCUUCCAAAAUACUUUUUUUCAGUAAUAAACUUAGUGAAUAAACUUAAGGAAAAUGUAGUCCGCUCGAUUAAAAAAUUUUUUUUUUCUUUAAGUGGUGUACAAAUAUUUUCAAUUUUAUUUGUACACCACUUAUAUGGACUGUUGCAAUCCAUUUAAAGGCAAAGGUAAAACCAGCAACUUCUUAAAAUGGAUAUUGGUAAUUAAAUUAUAUGUCUGGGUCGGCACAUUCACUGUGAGCAUUGAGUACACUUGAGGAUUCCCCUGCCACCAGCCUAUCUAACCUAAUGUGCAAAAUGGCUGAAGCUUUGCUGCAGUAAUUGCGGAUUGUGCCUAUUUAUGGUCCCCCCCCCACCUGUGGCAUCUGGAAACUGAUUUCUAAGCCAUAGUCGUUGCAAGUUGCUCUUGAGCCAUGUGGGUCUCUGCACUUCUCUCUUGCUUCCUCUUCCACCUAAUGCACAGACCCUCUUUUGCAGCCUCUUGGUGCAUUAGCUGCCAGGCAACUGGCAGAUAUCAGCUGGUUCAUCCUGUCGGCUAGUUUUCUUCAUAGCUUACUCAGCAUAAAGAAUAUGGCUCUGUGGUCUAGCAAGGAUUUCUCUGCUGAAAGCAAUCCAAUUUAUUUGAGGUACAUGUUAAAGUUCCCCCUUCCCCUUCUGUGUCUUGCUGAGUUAGACCAGGUUUCUCAAGGUAGGAACAGUAACAACUGGAAACUCCAGGUUGGGGAAAAUAAAUAUAAGGUAGGAGAAGGGGUACUUAACCCCACCUCCUGGCUUCCCACCCAGCGUUCAAAACUCCCAUUGUUCUAGGCGCGUUUUACAACAGGGAAUUUCAUUAAUGCGAGCAGUUUCUGAGCUCUGGACACAAUACUGCGCCUAAGAUUUCAGAUUAAAACUGCCACUGCUGGAAGGAAAAGAGGAGACUUUUCUGCGUCCCUACUUCGACCCACUUUCUGAAGACUAGAGAAGGGACCCUAAUAAGAAUAUUAGGAGGGGUAAGGCAGAGGGGGUGCAUGUCUUUGUUUUUUACAGUCUACAGAUGAGGACUAGACCAUGUGAAAAAUGAACAUAGGAUGUUAGCUGCAGUUCAUUCAUUUUCAGCUUUGUAUUCUUGUUAUAAAAAAGUGUGCCUAGGCACUUGGUUGUGGUGCCCAUAACCUAGGUUUAAGGUGCCGUUUAGCUGCUAGCUUUCAUAUCUCAGUUUCCAACACGAUUCUCACCCCCACCCUAUGGAGAGAGAAAUUGUGUGGGUGAUGCAAGUAUGUGGGCAGGGUGCAAUCGUCCCAUCCACAUGGUUGUUCUCACACAUCCCUGCUGAAGUUAUCCUGUAAGCAGCCUGAUUCUGCGCAGGUUGACUCUGAUGUAACUCCCACUUUGCUCAGUGAGCUUUCUUCCACUAGCUUCCAGGUGAAAGUCACCAUUGAUUUUUUUUUCUUUAAAAAGAAAAUCAAAUUUAUCCACAACCACAGCAGCUCCUGAAGGAAGUGGAGAAGGGAAAGCAUUGCUGUGAAACCUGCUUUAGAUGGGAUGGCUUCACUUUGGAGGAGCUUCAGCUUCUGAACAGCAGUUAAUCUGUUAUGCUUUGGUAUUUGGGCUUUGUCUGAAGAAGAUAACCACCUCUCUAGCAGCUUUCUCUCUUUCAGUCUUUGAACGCAACCAAAGACCCCAACUUCAUCAUCCGCUGUGCCUCCCCCUGCCCCCCACCCCACCCAGAAAAAUAAUCUCCUCCUUUUGUUCUCUAGUUUCAGUUAUCUCAGAUCCGUAAAACUUUGCUGGUCAACUGUUUUGUUCAGCCAAACCAGUCAAUUCAGCAAAAACCAUUCCCUCAGAAGUUGUUUCAAGGGCUACCGAAGAUGACCGAGAGUUGGAUGGAGAAAAUAAGUGUCUGCGUGAAAGGGGGGAAUGAACAAUUCUGCUGGAUGAAUGCAAGGAAAUUGAGGAAGUUCCGGAGAAGAUCACUUCAUGUAAAUUGAAGGGCUUCUCAGCGAAGGCUGGGCCUCUGACCACAUAUCUUAAUUCUAAGGGAUUUUCUCUAACUGCAGGCAGUAAUAGUGCUGAAAUAAAAGUGCUAAUGUAAUUUGGUUUUUUUAUCAUUUUCCCCCCUGUAGAGGGCUAUUGUUGUAGGGGAUCAGAUGCAGUCUUUUCAAACUGGUUUUCAAGCGAUAAGACUGGAAAGAAAAUGCUUAGUGGGAUGUCAGGGUAAUAACUGCAGUUAUCUGACCUAGAAAUAGAUAAUCUAUGAUGACCAGCUGCACUCUGGUAGUGUGGAGCCCUGCUGUUAAGCAGCCACUAAGUGUAAUGUGUAACUGUCAGAGGCUAAUAAGAAUGCAGCGGCGAAUAAGAAUGCAGGGCUGCAUAACGAAGAAAGGCCAAUUAGUGUUUUAGCAGGUGGCCAAACAAAAUUUAUGGUCGACUGUUUCGGCGUUUGGUUUUUGUUUUUGCAGUCUUGGUCACAGAUCUGCAGUCACUGAAUAAAAUGCUUGCGAGAAGUGCAAGCUUUCUUUUAUUAUAGCCCUAUGAUUUCCCCCCUCCUUCCCUUUUGGUGCUCUGUAGCGUCGCCAAUAUGACACCAACAUACGAUGGUCUCUGUGCUGGUGGAGCUUUUGUCCUGUUUCCAUAUUUCUGAGGAUAGAACCCUAUACUAGCUCACAUGGGGGCAAGUCCAAUUGAACUCAGUGGGGCCUACUUCUAAGUAGGUAUUAUAGGAUUGUACUCUCAGAAAUGUUCUUAGUUUGGGUUGUCUUUUUUUUUUUUUUUAAGCAGUGCUACUCCUGUCUAGCUUUUGGGAUCGUGAGAAGUAUAAUACAAGUGAGAUGAGUGAAAUUGAAGUUGUCAAGACCAAAAGCCUGGUUUCCUUGAGGAGAUAAAUCAGUGAUCUUGGCUUUAUUGGGUGGGUAGUUGGGGGGUUACAAAUGCCCAUGCUGAAGUUCAUUAAGAAACAAAAAUAAUGGGAAUUGUUGAAGAGAGAUACUGUCAUUGUCCCUUGACAGUGGGUCAUCUAGUAAAGAUAAAGGACGGUUAAGUCCAGUCAAAGGCGACUAUGGGGUUGCGGCGCUCAUCUCGUUUUCAGGCCAAGGGAGCCGGCGUUUGUCCACAGGCCGCUUUCUGGGUCAUGUGGCCAGCAUGACUAAACCACUUCUGGCACAAUGUAACACCAUGAUGGAAACCAGAACACACAGAAAUGCAGUUUACCUUCCCACCACAGUGGUACCUAUCUUUCUACUUGCACUGACGUGCUCUUGAACUCCUAGGUUGGCAGGAGCUGGGACAGAACAACAGGAGCUCACCCCAUUGCGGGGAUUCGAACUGCCGACCUUCUGAUCGGCAAGUCCAAGAGGUUCAGUGGUUUAUACCACAGCACCACCACUCUCUCCUCAUCUAGUCCAACCCCCUGUAGUGCAGGAAUCUCAGCUACAGCAUCCAUAAGAGAUGGCCAUCCAGCCUCUGCUUAAAAACAUCCAAGGAACCCAUCAGUGAGCAACAUCCAAGGAACCCUUGUGGUUUGAACUGGAGCAUGCUGGGCAGCUUGGAGAGUAUGAACUAGAGUGCAUCUAGCAGUCUAGCUCUGCUGUAGCUCAUUGCAGGAAAAGAUUGGUAAAAGUAAGCAAGCUGUCAGCCAAAGACGUUUCUCUGCUAUCGCUGGUCCUUCUCACUGAGGAACCUGAUAAGUUUCCAAGAAGCCAUUGGGUUCUCUGGGAAACAGUUUAGAAAACCAAGCUCUGAAGCGUAGGUACAUAUUGCUAAACACAGCUAGCCUUGGAGAGUCUCAUGUGACUUGUAUGUUCUCUGUGGCCACAGUUUUUCUUUAUGUAUUUGGUCCAGAACUCAAUAAGUAUUUUGUGUGAUUUACGGUGCAAGUGCAGUUGAUGUGCUCCAAGCUUGUUGGAUCUUCUUCGUUCUUGGUGGUGGUUGUUUCACUACAAACCCAAGGUUCACUAACCAGAGCAGCUCAGCAUUUGGAAUCAAGGAAUAGGAUUCCUCUGAGUUCAGCCCAGGAAACUUGUUUUCGGCACCAGAAUGGAACUUGCAGUCCUUUGACACAGAAAACCCACUCCUCUUUUUCUCCUAAGAUUUCGUUGUUUCAGCAGUCUAAUUUAGAGAGUGGGAUCCUUUUUGUUGUUGCUUUAAGAACUGGGAGUUAGCUCACUUACUGCAAAUCUACCUUCUGCCAGUCCCUGAUUUAGUAAUGUAAUUAUUCUUUUCUUGGGUUUUUUUUUAUUAUAAACUGAAAUGAAUCAUGAACUCUGGGGCUAGAUUUCUUUUUCUUUUUAGAAGUGGUGUUAUCUGGUGUAUCUUGCAGCCGCAGGGCUUGUCUCCAAGAAUAUGGUCACCCAAAAUUGUUCUUUUGUUGUCAAAAACAAUGGUCUUUAGCUUUUGAUUGUAAUAUUUGGACUCGAUCCAUCUCUGUGGAUUUAUGAAAGAGGCACUUGUUUCAGGAAGAAACCUCUUUACUUAAGGCAUCAAAAAAUGUAGAGUUAUUUAUUAAACUUCUGUAGAUGUUGAAAAGCUGGGGAAAGUUACAUAAUCACUAGUACAUUUAUUCAUCAAUUAUUCAUCAUUCAGUCUCAGGGUGGGUUAAAAUCAUUUAAGACAAAAUGUUCAAACAGAUCCAAACAUCUCUAAAAUCAUCUCUUAAGAGAUACAGAUGUUUUGUGGUUGGACACUGGACAACCUCAGCAACAACGAAAGGCAAAAUGAAAAUUCAGUGGCCACUGGUUCUAAAAGGAGUACAUUGUUAUUAUUUUAUUUUUUUAAUUUCUAUUCCCCCCCCCCCCACUUCCUCCCAAAAGAGCUCAGGGUGGCAAACACAGCAGUGAUUAAACAAUACAAUUAAAAAUAAAAUAAGAACAUCUAAAAACAAUUAAAAUCAUGUAAAAUAAUCACAUGCUCUUACAGCCAGCAAUUUCAAAGUUGCCAGGAACAGUAUCUCUCAACCAUCAAAUGCUUGAAAUGUUUUCAAUUUUUUUAACAUUUUGACAAAUUUAAUUCCAUUUCUAAAACAGCAGGUGUGUCUGGCAAGAAUUAUUCCACUAUUAAGGUAACUUCAUCCUAAGUGUUUUGAAGGCUUCUUUUCAGUUGCCAGCACAAGCUGAUAUUCCAUGUGAGGAUUACCAUAACUUACUUCAAUGCGCGUGCUGCUACUGCUUCCUUUUUGUGAAAUUCUCGAGAAAUAAGAAAUCUCUAUUGCUCUACAGUGUAAAUUCUUUCCGGAAAUGGAUCUUGUCAGCUCUCCCUCCCUGUUUCUCAAGCUGGUUAUGCUUUAAAAUUCCAAAGUAUUUAAUAUUUUAUAAAGUAUGUUAUGUGCAUUUUCUUCCGUUCCUAACAAGCAGCACAAUUCUGUAUCAGUCUACUCAAAAAUAAGUCCCGUUGAAUUCAGUAGGGGUUUCUCCUAGGAAAGUAGGUAUGUGACUGCAGCCUUAUCUGUGAUGUGGUGUGCUGCAAAACAUGCUCAGCAUUGCUCAGUAAAACAAAUCUUCAAAUGGGGGAUAGACGAUCUGGCCUCCUCCGGAUAUUGUUGGGUCUGCAGUUCCCUUCCGCCUCAGACCGCUUGGCCAUGGGGACUGUUGGAAAUUGUAGUCCAGUAAUAUUUGAAUGGCACAAGAUUGCCUACCCCGAUAUAAAAAUGAAUGACAGGAAGAAAUAUGUGUGAACUUACCAGUGUAAGCAGAGAGGGAGGGGAGAGUUUUUGAGGGACUGCAUCAUGGGACAGGGACAGGCCAAAGUCAUGUCUAUCAUAGGGCUGGAUUGACAGACGGAUCUUCAAGCAUGUUUGCAGAUGUAUAACAAAAUCUGAAGUAAUACAUGCAAAGAGCAGAAGGCCUGUGUUCAUGUGUCACACUAAACCAGGGAAGAGGCACCUGUGGCUCUUCAGAGAUUGCUGGACUACAAAUCCCAUCAUCAUUGACCAUGCUAGCUGGUACUGAUGAGAGCUGGGAGUCCCAGCAGUAUCUGAAGAGCUGCAAGCUCCCCAACACCAAAACAUGGUUUAGCAAAAUGUGCGUGAGCAAAUUUGAUUAGUCAGAUUGUUGUUAUUCUUUUUUUAAAUACAAAAAAACUGUAAAGGUAAACGGACCCCUGACCACUAGGUCCAGUCGUGACCGACUCUGGGGUUGUGGCGCUCAUCUCACUUUAUUGGCCGAGGGAGCCGGCAUACAGCUUCUGGGUCAUGUCGCCAGCAUGACUAAGCUACUUCUGGCGAACCAGAGCAGCGCACGGAAAUGCCGUUUACCUUCCCGCCGGAGCGGUACCUAUUUAUCUACUUGCACUUUGACGUGCUUUCGAAUUGCUAGGUUGGCAGGAGCAGGGACCGAGCAAUAGGAGCUCACCCCGUCACGGGGAUUCGAACCGCAGACCUUCUGAUCGGCAAGUCCUAGGCUCUGUGGUUUAACCCACAGCGCCACCCACGUCCCACCCACAACCCACUGUAGUGUGUGGUUUUUCGUUUAGCUAUGGUUCUUCCUUUAGACUGAGCAGCUUCGUAGAGUCCCUGUGCCUUCUCUCAAGUUUGCUGCGACCAAUUUAGACUGUGAAGUCCCGCGCUAUAUUUGGACCGGUGGCUGUGUGUACAUUUCUGGUGACAAUUCUGGUUUGAGUGCGCAGUGCCACUUUCAGUAACCUCUCCCUUUUUCACUUUCUUCAAGGUAACAGAAGAUAAGACCACAGCUGUCCUAGAGUUUCACAAAGUCUGUAAACAUCCUGACACACACUUCCCUGGGAGAAUCUUAAGGUUUCCGUGCUCGUGGCAGCAGGAUGAGUUUUCGGACUGGCCCGCAGCUCAUAAUCUGUGAAAGUUAUAACAAGCACCUGGACUGCUUAGUAAAAAGCCCUCCACGGGCUAGUCUGACCAAAAGUCACAAAGCUACUUAACACGAGAGAAGCAACCUUGGCGAGUGCUUUUUCAGUGGACUUGGGGGGGAAAUGAAAUGCAACACUUCGGAAUGUAUUUAUUACCUAUGAAAUGUUAGCUGCUCUUGAUAAUUCCCCUGUUCCUCUCCCCCUUCCCCUACACGCGCACAAACACACACACAAAAACACACACACACUGCUGCUUCUGCUGCUUCUAUGUAACAAGAUCUCUCUCACACUCUUGUUUUUGAUUUUAACACCACAAAACUGUUUACUCUUAUUAUGUACACUUCUGCAAGGGAAAUGCAAUAGAAUGGAACCGGUGUAGUCUUAAGUUAAAAAUGGACUCACUUUUGCGUCUAUUAAACUUCGGAAAAAUAAGCAACGCAUCAUCCCUGGGUGGCUUUUAUUCAAAACAACAGGCCAUGGCCUCCUUUGUCAGCUUUUGCAUGUGGAAUCUUGUCAAGCUUCCCUUCUCAUCACAGCUUUGGCCGUCCCAAGUAAAGAGCUAGACCAGGGUGGUGGGGAACCUGAAGCCUUCCAGAUGAGGGCCUGGAUAGCUCAGUUGAUUAGAGCGCAGUGCUGAAAACGCAAGGGUUGCAGGUUCAAUUCCCAUAUGGGACAGCUGCAUAUUCCUGCAUUGCAGGGGGUUGGACUAAUAAUAAUAAUAAUAAUAAUAAUAAUUUUAUUUGUAUCCCACAGCUAACAUAAUAAAAACAACACAAUAAGCCUAAAAACAGACAUUAAUUAGUUAAAAUACAUCUUAAAAUUAAUUCAGAUAAGUUAAAAUCCAGGCAGGUGGCAAUUAUCAGGGUGGAAUUGAGAGUGGUUAAUAAUUGACUAGAUGAUCCUUGCCAACAUCACCUUGCCAACAAAGGUCUGUAUAGUUAAAACCAUGGUUUUCCCAGUAGUGAUGUAUGGAAGUGAGAGCUGGACCAUAAAGAAGGCUGAUUGCCGAAGAAUUGAUGCUUUUGAAUUAUGGUGCUGGAGGAGACUCUUGAGAGUCCCACGGACUGCAAGAAGAUCAAACGCAUCCAUUUUUAAGGAAAUCAGCCCUGAGUGCUCACUGGAAGGACAGAUCCUGAAGCUGAGGCUCCAGUACUUUGGCCACCUCAUGAGAAGAGAAGACUCCCUGGAAAAGACCCUGAUGUUGGGAAAGAUGGAGGGCACAAGGAGAAAGGGACGACAGAGGACGAGAUGGUUGGACAGUGUUCUCGAAGCUACCAGCAUGAGUUCGACCAAACUGCGGGAGGCAGUGGAAGACAGGAGUGCCUGGCGUGCUCUGGUCCAUGGGGUCACGAAGAGUCGGGCACGACUAAACGACUAAACAACAACAACAACAAUAAAUGUUGUGCUCCACCAGCACCUGUGGGUUCCCCAUCCCUGAGCUAGGACAUCUGGGCCCUUAAAAUUUUUAUGUGCCUGAGGCUCCUCUCUGGAUUGUGGUUUCCCUACAUGUAAUUUUAUCUGUAGAGAUGUCUUGUUGUAGUUUGACAUCUGUGUCUUCCGCAUGAUAUAGGCAUGCAUCCAUCUAUGCAGUCUAUAUUUAGUCAUUCCUGCUUUUUGGCUUCACCCAGGGACAGUGCUCUGUGCAAACACUGCAAAUGCACAGAAAAGGGUGUAUUGCUGCAGAGGCAGGCAUGACAAGCACAUCAUACAUUCGGCUUUCAGAAACUUCUGAUAACCAAUGCACACUUCUAUUUCCUCCUGUGUAACGUGUUCCUCAUCACUUCAUUCUUGCACCUAAAAGGUCUGCUUUACAGAUGGUUCUGCACCAAGUCCCCGUUCUGAGAGUCUCCUUGACUGGAAGGAGGCAAGCCCACAACCUGUGGCUGCUGCAUCUCUGUGAAAGGCAAUCCUCCUUUGACUGUGAGUAAUUCUUCUGUCUCAUUCAUGAGCAAUUGAAUGAUCUGGUCAUUUGCAAACAAUGGAAACAAUGGAAUUGCUUGCCCUUGGAGUAGGUGACGCAUUGUGGAUAGCUGUUUGCAGCCUAACCAGGAAGUAAGUAAGCCCCACUUGCUUACUCGGAAGGCUUACUUUUGAAUAGACAUGUGUAGCAUUGCAAUGUGUCAGUAACUUAAUGUCCUUGCCCACACAGGGCUGUAGCUAGGGGGUGGUGAGGAAGGCUCCUGCCAGGGGCACAGGCGAGGGGGCCCUCCCUGCAAAAUAUGUCUAUAAAUAAAAAUAUUGAUUAUUGCCUCAU